UCAUCUCUGCGUAUUCUUUCAACAUUCAAAAUUUUUGUUGUAUUUUCUGUUUCUCCUCGAUCUAUAGUGUAUAAGGAUGAGUAUUCUUCAAUACCCAGAUUCGUUUAAUGUUCCAGAGCUUCAAGUCUGGAACAAUGCGGCCUUCGACAAUGGGGAGUCUGAAGAUGCAAACGCCGUCAAGGUUUCUUGGUGUAAUCUUGAUUCUGGGUCGAUGAAUCAGUCACUGGAAUCCGAUGGAAGCAAAGAAAACCAGAGUCCUCUUUGGUUAAAAUCCCCAGUUUAUUUCAAAUCUACUGCGCCUCUUGUCGAGCCUUGUUCCAAGAAUGUUCCCGGGAACACGAAAGAGCCAUUUUGGGCGAAAGUAAUGAGUGGGGUUGGCAAGGAAGAAGACAAGAAGCGUGAUGAGAAAAAGAUUGAUAUGGAGAUUGAAGAGACAGAGAAGGAGGUCACUCGUUUGUCAUCGAAACUCGAAGCUCUCCGACUCGAAAAAGCCGAAUACAAUGCAAGAAGUAUCGCGAUGAGAGGAAGGAUUGUGCCUGCCAAAUUCAUGGAGCCAAAACAGAGCAUCAAGAAUUUGGAGACGGUAAAAAUGAUUCAAGAUACUCCGUUUUCAAGUGCUAAACCAAAAUUGAAUCGAAGGGGGGUUAGUUUAGGUCCAGCGGAGAUUUUCUCAGCAACAAAAUCGAGGCAAUUUAUGAAGCAGGAACUCACAACUCCUAUACAGUCGAUACAGAGUCGCCGCAAAUCCUGUUUCUUUAAGCUUCAAGAUAUUGACGAAGGCAAGGUUACAAGAGAGAGAGGCAAGAGCUUGAGUCUCAGCCCUAAGCCACGUAAAACUGUUUCCAAGGUCAUUGCUCCUAAGCCGGCAGCAACAACGGUCGGGGCUAAAAGGGCGGUGAAGAAAGAAGAGGGCGUUCUUUCUACAAUUCAGCCUAAAAGGCUCUUCAAAGAUGGAGAAAAACCAGUAACAGCAAAGAAACCAUUGAAACCUGGGAGAGCCGUCAGUAGCAGGUACAAUCAGAUUCCCAACCAGAGAAAUGCGAGUUUAACAAUGAGCGAUGCUCGAAAGCAGGAUAGCAACAAGCACGAUAAGAGGCGUGUUUCGAAUGAACAGAUAGUUGAUUCGUGCAAGAAUGAAAAGAGUGAGAACAGAGUGAAGAAGAAGUGGGAAAUUCCAAGUGAAGUGAUCAUUCUAAAGGAGGAAUCACCGCAGUCAAUUGAUAAGAUCAAUGAUCUUCUUCCAAAGAUCAGGACCGUGAGAGUUUGGCAUGAAAGUCCUCGGGAUUCAGGGCCAGCCAAAAGAGUGGCAGAGCUGAUGGGAAGGAAAUCAUAUUUCAAUAUGGAGGACUCUGUUCGUCAGGCUCUGAGUUUUGCAGAAGGGGAUGGUGAGGAAGAGUGAUUCAUUCCCGUUCUUCUUCUUUCCUUUUGUCAUUUACAUUUGUAGACAUUGGGGUUUCAGGAAGUAAACCAUAACCAUUGUUAUGGGCUAUGAAUGGUUACGUUGGCUUGUAAUUCAUAUGUAUAUGUUACAGGUUAAGCUUUUUCUUUCACUGCAAAUGCAAAAUAAAAUGAGCUUUUCUCUUCCUUUUGGG